AUGUCGCUUCUAGGCACCAUAAACCCUAAUUUUAAUCCGGGCCGCGCAGUGGAAUCCCAAGGCGCCCACGAAAACGAGAACGAAGGCGAGGCCGCCGAAAGAGCUGCCGCCGUGAACGAAGGAGCUGAGGACUUGAUCCGCGAGGAACACACCGUGUAUACGACCCAUCAUGAAGAGCAUUACGACAGUCUCACGCCCGGAUAUGGCAGAGCUGACCAGAGGGACGAGAGCACCCUGAGCAGCGCCGAAACCGCCAUGGACAAGCGCGAUGACAGCAGUGAGGAGGCUGCCGAGGAUGAAAAGGCCGCUGAGGAGGAAGUCACUCGUCUGGCGCAGCAAUUGACGCGCCAAUCGACGAGGUUCUCUGUUAGUCAUAAUGCAGAGAAUCCCUUCCUUGAGGUCAAGGAAGAUUCUACCCUGAACCCGCAUAGCGAGAAUUUCAAGGCCAAGCAUUGGAUGAAGAACUUGUUGGCUCUUUCGUCGCGUGACCCCGAACGGUAUCCUAAGCGCGAGGCCGGUGUUUCGUUCCAGAACCUCAGUGUUCAUGGGUUCGGUAGUCCAACGGAUUAUCAGAAAGAUGUUGCCAACUCGGUGCUGCAAGUCGGUGCCCUUGUCCGCAAGCUCACGGGUACUGGAAAACAGAAGAUCCAGAUUCUGCGCGACUUCGAUGGCCUCGUCAAGAGCGGUGAAAUGCUGGUGGUCCUCGGUCGCCCUGGAAGUGGAUGUUCGACCUUUUUGAAAACCCUCGCCGGUGAAAUGAACGGCAUCUACAUGGAUAAAUCCUCGGAACUCAACUACCAGGGUAUCUCGGCUAAGCAGAUGCGGAAGCAGUUCAAAGGCGAAGCCAUCUACACUGCCGAGACUGAUGUCCACUUCCCUCAACUGACUGUUGGCGACACCCUGAAAUUCGCCGCCCUUUCUCGUUGCCCGCGCAAUCGUUUCCCUGGCGUCUCGAAGGAACAGUAUGCCACCCACAUGCGCGAUGCUGUCAUGGCCAUGCUGGGUCUGUCUCAUACCAUCAACACGCGCGUCGGUAACGAUUUCGUCCGCGGUGUGAGUGGUGGUGAGCGGAAGCGUGUCAGUAUCGCUGAAGCCACUCUUUGUGGAAGUCCUCUGCAAUGCUGGGAUAACAGUACUCGUGGUUUGGAUAGUGCAAACGCGCUGGAGUUCUGCAAGACCCUGAAUCUGAUGACAAAAUAUGCCGGUGCCACAGUUGCUGUGGCCAUCUAUCAAGCUUCCCAGAGUGCUUAUGAUGUCUUCGACAAGGUGACUGUUCUGUACGAGGGCCGACAGAUCUACUUUGGCCCUACCGAUGAGGCCCGGGAGUUCUUCACCAACAUGGGAUUCGAUUGCCCCGAGCGUCAGACCACUGCCGAUUUCCUCACCUCCCUGACUAGCCCCUCGGAACGCAUUGUGAAGCCGGGCUACGAAGGCAGGGUUCCGCAAACGCCCGACGAGUUCGCCGCCGCUUGGAAGAACAGUGAGGCGCAUGCGAAGUUGCUGAGAGAAAUUGCCGAGUACAACCAAGAGUAUGCUAUCGGUGGCGAGUCCCUUGGCAAGUUCAUUGAGUCUCGCAAGGCUAUGCAAUCGAAGAACCAGCGCGUCAAGUCCCCGUACACCAUCUCCCUCUACGAACAGGUCAAGCUCUGCUUAAUCCGAGGUUUCCAACGACUCCAGGGUGAUGCUAGUUUGACCAUCUCCCAGCUAGUGGGUAACUUUAUCAUGGCUUUGAUCAUUGGAAGUGUCUUCUACAAUCUGCAGCCGGAUACGUCUAGUUUCUAUUCUCGUGGUGCCCUGCUUUUCUUUGCCGUGUUGCUCAACGCAUUCUCCAGUGCUCUUGAGAUUCUGACCCUAUACGCUCAACGUCCGAUUGUCGAGAAACAAUCUCGCUACGCCAUGUACCACCCGUUCGCCGAAGCCAUCGCAUCCAUGCUCUGUGAUAUGCCGUAUAAGAUUGGAAAUGCCAUCAUCUUCAACAUCACGCUCUAUUUCAUGACCAAUCUUCGCCGUACCCCAGGAGCUUUCUUCGUCUUCCUCCUGUUCUCCUUCGUCACGACCCUGACCAUGUCCAUGCUUUUCCGUACCAUCGCCGCCUCUUCCCGCACGCUUUCCCAGGCUCUGGUGCCUGCCGCCAUUCUUAUCUUGGGUCUGGUCAUCUACACUGGAUUUACCAUCCCUACCCGAUACAUGCUUGGCUGGUCCAGAUGGAUGAACUACAUCAAUCCCAUUGCGUACGGUUUUGAGAGUUUGAUGGUCAAUGAGUUCCACCACCGGAGAUUCGCCUGCUCCGAGUCUGAGCUUGUUCCCAACUAUGCCAACGCGUCCAUUGCCAAUCAAAUCUGUUCCACUGUUGGUGCGGUUGCUGGAUCUACCUACGUCGAGGGCGAUGAUUACCUCCACCAGAGUUUCCAGUACUAUGACAGCCACAAGUGGCGCAACCUGGGUAUCAUGUUCGGCUUCAUGAUCUUCCUCAUGUGCACCUACUUGCUCGCUACCGAGUACAUCUCGGAGGCCAAGUCUAAGGGUGAAGUCUUGCUUUUCCGCCGUGGUCAAACCCCCGCUAGUCUCGAAGAUGUUGAAACGGCCCAGCAAGUCGCCGCCGGCGAGAAGAGCGACCGGUCCAGUGGUCAUGAGAACGCUGCUAUCCAAAGACAAGAGGCCAUCUUCCACUGGCAAGACGUGUGUUACGAUAUCAAGAUCAAGGGUGAGCCCCGACGCAUUCUCGACCAUGUCGAUGGUUGGGUCAAGCCCGGAACCUGCACUGCGCUUAUGGGUGUCUCUGGUGCUGGUAAAACCACCCUUCUGGACGUUCUUGCUACUCGUGUGACAAUGGGUGUGGUUACUGGUGAAAUGUUGGUUGACGGUCGCCCUCGCGAUCAGUCCUUCCAGCGCAAGACUGGUUACGUGCAGCAACAGGAUCUUCAUCUUCACACUACUACCGUGCGAGAAGCCCUGCGCUUCAGCGCCAUUCUUCGUCAGCCCGCCCAUGUCAGCCGCCAGGAAAAGCUCGAUUACGUGGAGGAGGUCAUCAAAUUGCUUGGCAUGGAAGCAUAUGCCGACGCCGUUGUUGGUGUUCCUGGUGAAGGUCUCAAUGUCGAACAGCGCAAGCGUCUUACGAUUGGAGUCGAAUUGGCAGCCAAGCCCCAGCUACUUUUGUUCCUUGAUGAGCCCACCUCGGGUCUCGACAGUCAAACCUCCUGGUCUAUUCUCGAUCUCAUUGACACCUUGACCAAGCACGGCCAGGCCAUCCUUUGCACGAUCCAUCAACCCUCCGCUAUGCUGUUCCAACGGUUCGAUCGCCUGUUGUUCCUUGCCAGGGGCGGCAAGACCGUGUACUUUGGCGAAAUUGGUGACAGGUCUUCGACCCUUGCUAGUUACUUCGAACGCAACGGUGCCCCGAAACUGCCUGCUGACGCCAAUCCCGCUGAAUGGAUGCUUGAGGUCAUUGGUGCUGCUCCUGGAUCGCAUAGUGACAUCGACUGGCCCGCGGUUUGGCGUGAGAGCGCCGAGCGUAAGGGCGUGCUUGAUCACCUCGCUGAGCUGAAGUCCACCCUUUCGCAGAAGCCGGUUGAAACCUCGAAAUCGGAUCCCGGUGAGCUCAAGGAAUUCGCCGCCCCUUUCACUGUGCAAUUGUGGGAGUGCCUCGUCCGUGUUUUCUCGCAGUACUGGAGAACGCCCGUGUACAUUUACUCCAAGGCGGCGCUUUGCAUCCUCACCUCGCUCUACAUCGGUUUCUCCUUCUUCAAGGCCAAGAACAGCGCCCAGGGUCUCCAGAACCAGAUGUUCAGUAUCUUCAUGCUGAUGACCAUCUUCGGUAACCUCGUCCAGCAAAUCCUGCCCAACUUCUGUACCCAGCGUUCGUUGUACGAAGCGCGCGAACGACCCUCCAAGACCUACUCCUGGCAGGCUUUCAUGACCGCCAACAUCAUCGUCGAGCUCCCCUGGAACGCGCUCAUGAGUGUCAUCAUCUUCGUCUGCUGGUACUACCCCAUCGGCCUGUACAAGAACGCUGAGCCGACCGACGCUGUCCACGAGCGUGGUGCCUUGAUGUUCCUCCUGAUCCUCUCCUUCCUCCUUUUCACCUCCACCUUUGCGCACAUGAUCAUCGCUGGUAUCGAGCUCGCCGAGACCGGUGGUAACAUCGCCAACCUGCUCUUCUCCCUGUGCCUGAUCUUCUGUGGAGUCCUCGCCACUCCCGCCCAACUCCCCGGCUUCUGGAUCUUCAUGUACCGCGUUUCACCAUUCACAUACCUCGUCUCCGGCAUGUUAUCCACCGGUGUCUCCGGCACCACUGCGGUCUGCGAAACCUCGGAAUACCUUCACUUCAGCCCUCCCGCCGGCGAAACCUGCUCCACCUACAUGUCUUCCUACAUCAGCACCUACGGCGGAUACCUCGAGGACCCCAGCGCGACCAGCAACUGCUCCUUCUGCACGAUCUCCAGUACCGACGCCUACCUGGCCCAAGUGAGCAGCCACUUCAGCGACGCCUGGCGCAACUUCGGCCUGAUGUGGGUCUACAUCAUCUUCAACAUCUGCGCUGCCGUCUUCAUCUACUGGCUCGCUCGUGUGCCUAAGGGCUCCCGCACCAAGGACGCUUAA